AUGAAAAAGCAUGAUAAAGAAAAUGUGUUUAAAAAUGCAUCUUUUAAUGAAACAAAACUUUUUAAAAAACGAAAACGUGUGCAUAUAUCCAGGGAUAUAAUUUAUUGCAUUACGUUUGCUCUCAAUCUGAGUCAAACUAAAAAGCUUGCCGCUUUUCAAAAAUCUAAAGCUAGAUUUAAAAUUAGUGCUAAGUAUAACCUUACACCCAAAGGUGCACCGAAAUCCUAUGUUGACCUAAUGAAUCAGUGCUUGAACGAUAAUCCGAAAUUACGUCCCUCAAUAACGCAAAUCGUCAAUACUUUGGGUAAAUGGUAUCUUGAGGCAGAACGAAAUAUUGAUACACAGAUCGUUACUGAAUUUCGGAUGGCUGACGAAUUUCGUCAAGCAUCCCAAAUGGAGGAGCUUGAUAAAAAGUUGAAAAUCAAUCCGGAUGUGAUACCUCUAAUGGACAAAGAUAUUUCUGCGGGAUCUCUUUUAUCAAUUAUCCAUAAACUCGGUGUUGAUUUAAUCGAUAUUAAUCAAUUUGCUGAUAGAAAGUGUAUCAAAGAAGAUCCAAACUAUCCUUAUGAUAAACGAUCAGACAUAUACUCGUUUGGCGUUUUAAUGUGGGAAAUUUCUAGUGGCAAAUGUCCUUUUGAUGAAGGUGAUCCAAUAGCGGCUAGUAUAUGCAUAAUUAAGGGUGGAAGAGUAGAACCAAUUCAGGACACUCCGGAUGAUUAUCGCGACCUUUAUGUUGAUU